AUUUCUCUCGCAUCUAGGUCCAAACCCAACCCAUUUCACGCUUAUCCUACGGGUAUUCCUUCCGGCCGAUAUUCCCCUAUCACCAUUAAAGCGUAUCAAAUAAUAUUAUAGAUGGUUUAAUCCAGUAGUGAAUUUCAACCCUUAAUAUGCUCCAUGAAUGCACACGUUCGGCCAGACUCCGGCUAGGAAACUAUAUGCAAACUUCACUCGCCAUCGAACUCAAUCAGAUUUGAAACCAUAUGUAAAUCUGCUUGAUUUUUCAAUGUAUCUUGAGUUUCGAAAUCCACCCCCAAGCCUAUUCCUGGAUAGAUUAGACCAUUUUCAUCUGUAUUAUGUAAGCCGCUGUCUCACACCGCGCUUGGCACUUGGUCGUGCAAAACCCACGUAACGUUUCUUUUUCACGUUUCUUUUUCUGCUUGCUCCAAUCCGCUCAGAUUAGCCUCGGAUGUUGGAUAUAGAAG